GACCAAAACGCGGUGGAAUUCGCCAAGUGAUUUGCUUAAGAUCGAGCUGAUAGUAUCGAUAUUUUCUCGCGUGUGACUAGAUCGUUCAUCAAUUAACCUUAACCAUUGUACGCUAUGCCGACGAGCCGCGAAAAUGGAUGUAACUGUUGCUUCGGACGCUCAUAGCAGCCCAGCACACGACCCAACCGCCGGAGCAGAUCACGGAUUGGCCACCUGCAACGUGUACAAGCAGAACAUUUAAUUUCAGUGUUGACUGUGCCAUGACGAGCAGAUAGUAGUUUCCGUUGGAACCCUAUUGUGUAAAAGUGUCCAUCCCGAGUGUCCCCCCUUGCCCCGUCCAAAAUGCCGUUUCGCGACUGGAAAAUUGUACGUGUGCUGGCCGGAAUCGCCGUGCGAAUCUGGGCCGCCGGUGGAGCGGCACUGAUAGCGGCUACCCUGAUCUACAUUAUUUAUGGCGGCUUUUUUGCCUUCCUACUGCUUCUGUUUGCCGUUUCCGGCAUUCUCUACCAUGCACAAGACAACCUGCUGUACCACCCGGAACUGCCAGCCAAUUCACGAAUAUUCAUACCGGUUCCGUCGAUGCACGGAUUGCCGUACGAAACGCUGCACAUUAAGAGCAGGGAUGGCGUUUCGUUGCACGCCUUCUGGAUACGGCAUCCGGGUGAUAAGGGCCGCUACGUACCGACGAUUGUGUACUUUCACGGCAACGCCGGCAAUAUGGGACACCGAUUGCAGAAUGCAAGCGGAUUCUACCACACGCUGCAGUGCAACGUGCUAAUGGUGGAGUACCGCGGGUACGGCCUAUCGACGGGAACGGCAAACGAGAAAGGGUUCUUUGCCGAUGCACGCACCGUGCUGGAUCAUCUGUUUAGCAGGCACGACUUGGAUCACAGCCAGGUGAUCGUAUUCGGUCGAUCACUCGGUGGUGCGGUGACCAUAGACUUGGCCGCCGAUGCGGUCUACGGCUCGAAGCUGAUGGGCGUCAUCGUGGAGAACACGUUCACCAGCAUCCCCGAUAUGGCGGUCGAGUUGAUCCAUCCGUGUGUCAAGUACUUGCCAAUACUGCUGUACCGGAAUCAGUUUCUUUCGGUCGACAAGAUUCAGUUCGUUUCCGCACCGAUCCUGUUCGUUUCCGGCCUGGCCGACACACUAGUGCCUCCGAGGAUGAUGACGAUGUUGCACACACGGUGCGGCAGCACACGCAAACAGAUGCUACAAAUUGCGGGCGGUUCGCAUAACGAUACCUGGGCUGUGAGUGGGUACUACCAGGGAGUAGCCCAAUUCUUGAAGGAAUGCAAAGAAACCAAAGGACCACUGCAGACACCGCCGGUCAGCCAUAACGUGUGGCCACAAAUAGAGGAAGUAUGAAGGCCACCAGUGUUUCGCUCGCGUUGAGAAAGGUAACACGGGAUGAGAGCAAUCACGGUGUGCGUAAUGAUGUUGGUACGUCCAUUGUUGAGUUUCUGAACCGGCCGGUCGGCACUGAUGCGCCACAGAAGCUUGCCAAAUGAAGCAGUCGGAAGGGAAGAUUAAAAAAGUAAAUAAAUUAAAUGCCAGGUGGUGGAUCCAAGGUGUGCACCACAACUAAAACACGAAAGCCAACACUAGCAACGUUCGCAUUAGCUGAGUUAGCCGCAUUUUUAGCAGCAGCGCGCCGAAGCAGCAGCAGCAGCAGCAACAGCAACAGCAACAACAAUAACAAACAACCGCAACAAUAAACAGUUGAAACUUUAGCGUGGUAAAGAAUAUUAAAAUAAUAAAUUAGCGUAA